AGGUGCGCCACCGGGCACACGGGGAAGGCAGACGCGCGCCCGCAGCCAUGACCGUCCCCAUCGCCAAGUCCUUCUACGACCUGAGCGCCACCUCCUUGCAGGGGGAGAAGGUGGACUUCAACGUCUUCCGGGGCCGCGUGGUCCUCAUCGAGAACGUGGCGUCCCUCUGAGGCACCACGGUGCGGGACUACACCCAGCUCAACCAGCUGCAAGCCCGCUACCCCCGGCGGCUGGUCGUGCUGGGCUUCCCCUGCAACCAAUUUGGCUACCAGGUAAGU